AUGAAAAGGUCAAAUCUUGGUGUAGUCGACUUCAGAGAUGGCCCGCCAGUGCAUUGGGCAGUUGCUGGAGAGUUUGGUGCUAGAACUCAUUUUGUGCUAAAUGAGUCCGAUCCAUCGUCAGCACAUCUCGCUGUAGAGAAGGUUGCCCAUCAAGACGAGGGCUUGUACAGAUGUAGAAUCGACUACGUUGAUUCGCCCACUAGAAAUUACAAGGUCAAUCUGACAGUUAUCGUUCCUCCAGAAUCUCCUCGAAUAUAUGAUUUUGAAGGAAGAGAAAUUCUAGGAAGCAUUGCUGGACCUUUUAGGGAAGGACAAGAUUUGCUUCUCUCAUGUCAAGCUGCUGGAGGUAAACCAGCGCCUGACGUGUCAUGGUGGCAGGGCGAAGAACGCUUGGCAAUCACUAAAGGUGGCUCAGUAUGUCAACUUCUGCUGCAAAGUUUGUCCAGAGAAAUGGCUGGUACUCAUCUACAUUGCAAAGUUGAACCACCGUUAUUGCAACCUAUCGUCAGAGAAGUGACUUUAAAAUUAUUCUUGAAGCCUCAAUUCGUUCGUGUAUCGGGGAAGGGGGCGGCGCGCGCGGGGCAAGACCGCUCGUUCGUAUGCACCACGCGGGGAUCCAAGCCUGCACCCAACAUCGAUUGGUUUAUCAAUUCUCAGCUCGUCGACUCCACUUUGACCCAGGUGGAGGUUGAUGGGGAGGUGACAAAGAGUGUGUUGUCGUGGCACGUUAGAAGGGAAGACACUGGGAGGCAGCUUGUAUGCAGAGUCUCAAACCCGUGGUUUCCUGCCUACACUCUCGAAGAUUCAUUAAUGCUCGAUGUUAUGUAUGCUCCAGUGGCGCAAAUAUCGCUGAUAUAUCCAAAAGAGCCACGACUACUGAGAGAGGAUGAGAACGCAGAACUUCUUUGUUCAGCUGAUGCGUCUCCGCCCGCAUUCAAUUUCACCUUCUAUAAAGGUACAGAGGUACACCUCAUUCGUGAUGAUCCGAUUGGAGGGAUAGCAGUCGAAGGAAACAAGUUGAUACUAAGAAGUCUAAGGCGACACCAUUCAGCUUUAUAUAGGUGUCGAGCGAGAAACUCCGAGGGGAGUGCACUAAGCGAACCGAUUACUUUGAAUGUGUUGUCGCGCCCAGAGUGUGCAGCUGGUAGCGUAGUUCAACAGUUAGCGGGUGCGCCAGGAGGUGAAGUAAGAGCUAGAUGUUCAGUCACAGCCCCAUCUACAAGAGAUGCUGGCCCCUUGAGGUUUUAUUGGACUUACAAUGGGACUAAAGAUGUUCUACCUAUACCAGUGUCAAAUGUAACAGUAUUGGGAUACAGUAGUACUGUGAUUCAUGGUUUGCCAUCCGAUAAUAGCGAUGAUGAUCUUGGUUGGUUGGCAUGUUGGGCUAGUAAUGAUAUAGGAAACCAAAGAGAGCCCUGUCUAUUUAGAAUUAUGCCUGCUGAGGGACAUACCCUACAAAGGACGAACAAAUUAGGGGCGAACAGCGCGAGAACUGGUCUUUGGGCUAUUCCCGUGCAUAUUCUUCAUGGAGAAUUACAUCGUUGUAGUAAUGCAUUUAAAAAAGAAGAACCUAACGUUAAAAAAGAAGAUACAUGGACAGGAACGAGGAGCUUGAAGGAGAGGUGGUUAGCGAGUUCGAUCUCUCUACCGGAGCCACCGAGCAAUUGUGAAAUAGAGAACGAAGUACUUCAAUGUGAACCAGGUCAUGAUGGUGGACUGACGCAGAGGUUCCUCCUGGAAGCGCUGGAGGUACGGCCCCGUACGGAACCUGUGCCAGAGGAAAAUGAGAUCUCCACACUAAAUGAUCAGGAACGCAUAAGUCCGCAAGAGUGUUCAAUCUACAGUGACACAUAUUUGCAUCAACGACUACGACAUUGUUUAUGUGAGACUACCGCGUGCAGGUGCGUAACAUUAAAAACUCCAUCUGUCUCACUCAACCGCACGCAAAACACUCGCCGCUGCAACACGCCGCCGCCGCCCGCGCCGCCCGCCUGCGCCCCGCUGCCGUUUGGCCAAACUACCACAAACUUAUGCGAUCCUGGUACGCUCACCAAACUACCUAUUUUAACUAAUAUCGGACCCGACCGGGCGUUGUUAAAUUGUGGUUAG